GCUGUGAAAUUGCAAAGAAAAACACCACCUUCCAUUUUUCUUGCUGAAACUGGUUUAAUCACUGGCGUAAGGAAUACUCAUUACUACAAUUUAGAGAUUCCUUUUACCAAUAUUAUAUAGAGCUGUAGAAGUUUAGUUGUGCUGGAUGAUUGAAUUAUAUUGCAACAAGUGCAUGCAACUUCUCAGCUGUAUUAUUCAUGGUUUCUAUGACAGCGACAUUGUCAGCCACUGAGUCAAUUGACUGAAUUUUUUUCUUGAAAUGAUGUGUUAUUCUGAGGCCUAUGUCUAUGAAGAGAAGUGUCUUUUCUUCUGUAGAGGGAAAUGCUUUUUGUCCAGAGAAAGUACUGAGUACUUGAACUCUUUUAAGUGGUAGAUCAGUUUGUAAUUUAGCAAUUUCAUUCUUGCAAAGAAUUUUACAUCACCAUGCUACUUUUUCAUAAAGGAGGCUGCAGAUUCACUUUUUUUUCUCCUGUGACAAGAAAUCAUUCCAUUUUUUCUCUCUAAAAUAUUUCAAGAGGUAAUAAUAUACAAAUACCAGUCGUGCUACUUACUUUUUUAAAAGAGAACAGACUGAUACGAAUAUGACUUCUUAAGUUAAAUAAGUUUUUCUGGAACUUCAAUACUUUUCAUAAACCAAAAGUAAUACCUAUGCUGUAAAUUAAUUUAAACACUAAUUCACAACAAAAUGUUAUAUCAUCUAUUAUGUCAACCAAUGAUGAUGGACCACUUGUUAUGUUGACUUCACAGAUUCGCCUUCUGCUAAUAGGAUUUACUUUUGUCAUUUAUUUUAUAUCAUCAUCAUAAAUGGUAAACACUUUAUGCCACCAAAAGUUAGAACCAUUUUUUUAACAUAGGUGUGCGCAGCCUAAAACAAAAGCAGGGGCCAACUGCAUUUCUGGGUGCCCAUUACCAUUAAACUCUUUACAUAGUACAUAUGAUAUUUUAAUAGUAAAUAAAUAAAAUGGACUACAUAGAGAGUGAACUCUUAACUUUAAUGUAACAAUUAUUAAGUACAAUUGAUGUUAUGUUGAACCAUUUAUAAGUUUGGAAGAUGGAUUGGAGAGUCAAAUGACAUGUAACAAUUCCCCAAAUAGUCAGGUUAAAAAGGGGGAUAAAUCAUACAUAUAACUUAUUUCCAGGAAUUAAAAUGUUUUAUUGCUCCAGGGCUCCUUUCACAAAUCUCAGCACCCCCUCCCCCUCCUUCAACUCUUGUGCGUACGCCUAUGAUUUAUUAUCUAUCCAGUUGUGUAGUGUAUGUAUCAAAAUUGCAUUGAGUAUGCUUUACUUUUUGGAAAUAUAUCUCAUGUUCUUACAUUAGUUCACCAACCAUUGUAGUUGCAAGUAUUUAUCACCCCAAAAUACAACAGAAUGAAAUGAAUCUGUAACAUAAGGACCUGCAUAAUUCUCAAAAAACAUUAGAUAUUAAUUUCUUUAUAUUUUUUAAUAUUUGUUUAUUCCUUGCUAAAGAAAAAAGCUUGUAAAUAUUUAAGCUAUAUGUUAUUAUUACUCUUGUUAAAAUAAUUAUUAAUAGUUAAUAUUUUAUACAAACAUUCCUUCUGUUAUAAUUGAACAUAUCUUCAAUCAACAUAUCCUCUGUUAGUCCUACAGUAUUGUUAUGCUCUUUAGAAUUAAGGUAGCUGAGUAGAGUCAGUAUCAUAAAGCAACAUCAAAAUUUGAAAAUUCCAUAGAAGAAAAGUAAAACUUUUCAAUUCUAUCAACUUCCAUUAUAGGUGAAUGGUAUGAUACAUUGGUACUGUAAAAAGUUGUUUUAAAGAAAUGUUAGACAUUUUUGGCUGUUACAAUAUUUGCUGAAGUAAAUUUCACUCUAUAAAAAUGUAGUGAGAAUUUAAUUUACCAUACCUAUUUGAGUCAUUCACUCACAAAUUCAGAAAAUGAACAGAAUCUAAUAAAUAUUUAUUAUUUCAUUACUCAGUAUUCAACAGAGACAAUAACAGACCAAGUAGAAAAUUGUAAAAUAUAUCUAAUUAUUAUCAAUUCCUGAUAAUGCAGAUCCUUGUGUUGGUUUGGAAACUUUAAGUGUAUAUCUUCUUCAUUCUUUUAAAAAAUGUAUCAUUAGAAUAUAAUUAGUGCAGUGAAGUAUAUUGUGUUGGACCUUGUGGUGAGGGCACUUCUUUCAGAUAAAAGAGAAAAUAAUACAUAUAGAAUUUUUGAAAUUUAGACAGUAUGGCUUAUUGACUCAUUCUUUGUUCAUAAGAAGAUUAAAUAUUUUUACACAGACUUAAAUGUAACUUAAUAAAGAUAUUUAAAAUAAUUCAGAAUAAUUUUUUCUGAAUUGACUAAAGCAUGAUUUUGUGAAUUUGCAAAAGUUGUUUUUUGUAUUUGUUUCCUUUGGACUCUGUGCUUCUUGUUUUCCUAUGUAUUUUCAUUUCAUUACAUUUGAUAUCCUUCUAAACUAUUUAUCUUUACUUUUCUAUUUAUACUUCCUUACUUCUAUCUCAACACUUCAUUAUUUACAGCUGUUUUCCUUAAUUCUCUGUUUGUUUCCCCAUUCUCAGUUUCUUGUAGAAUAACUUUUAAUUAUAUACCAUUUCAACAGUAUUUAUUCACAGCUCUUCUGUUUGUGAUAAUGUUUCACUGUCAUAUAAUAAGAAUAGUUUUGCUUGGUUUUGUUGUUUUCUUUUCCUCACAUGUAAUUUUGUUACUUAGUUCUAUACCAGAAAGAAUUUACGCACUUAUUUUGUUUAUUUUAUUCAGAAUUAGUUUGUUUGAGAAAUGCUAUUUUGUUUUUAGCAAUCAAACAACUUGACAGCAUGAGAAAUUUGAAACCAAUUUGCUAUGACAAUCUACUAUACCUUUCAGAGGAACUCAUAUAUAAGAAUAUAUUUCACUGCACUAACAACAGUGUAUCACUUUUCUCUUUCUUGUAGGAAUUGUUAUUCUUGCUUUUAACAUCAUUAUGAUAUAUGUAAACUCACAUCUGGUAUUUGAACCUCCUUAUUUGAGCACAUAUGUACAUAGAUACACUACGUAAAUGGCAAUGAUGUCUCUGUAGCUGUAUGUAUGUACAAUAAAGAAUUUCAUGAAUGGUUUUGGUCAAAUACUUAACAGUACCGUCCAUGUAGACAAACACUUAAGUGAAUUUACAUAAUAUUUCAGAAUUGAGAACCUUCAUCAUUCCAUGAGAUAACUCAAUAAAUAUUUUCAUCAAACUUCUUUAUUACAGACAUCAGUAAUUACUACAAUAAAUAUUUUUAUCUGUGAAGAUGAAUACUUUCUCACAAUGUUAUUUAGAAUUAUUAUUAAAUCAAUAUGUUCUUCAAUUUGUGAUUAAUGUGCUAAAUUUGCAUUUGUGUUCAAAACAUGGACGAUUUUAUUGGAGUUUUUCAGCGAAAGGAAAACUAAUAUGACAUUUUGUAGUGAAUCUAGAAAUGUACUGUAAAUCUGUCAGUGCAGCUUGUAUUUUUAACAAACUGAAUGUUUGAGUAUGCUGACCAUAUUCAGUUUGAAGUUAAUAAUGUAUGAAACAUUUAACAAAUUUGGAGAAGAAUUUACUGUAGUAAGAUGAAGUGCAAUGAUGCAAUGCAAUGCACAUCUUAAACAUGCUACAUCUCACACUUGAGGAUUGUGACGUAUGUGACAUGAGUGUUUUUAAGUGAAGAAUAUAUUUUGUUGUGCUGCCUCUCCUUUAAUUUUGUAUUUUUUUAGAAUGAAGUUUUGAAGAUAAAUUGUUUAGAGCAUUUACAUACAAGACUGUUGAAUAUAUGAUUUUUAUUGCAUUAAGAUGAUCCAGGAGACUACAUAGUGUUUGGCACAAAUAUUGAACUAGUGUAUGAUUUAAACUAUAUAUUUGAAAAAACAGAAGGCUUCUGGUUUUAUAUUACUUUUAAACAAUACAAAAGAAAGUUUCAUUUUGAUGAAUUAUUUUGCAAUAUGCUUAAAUUUUCAUUAAAUUUGAAUACAAGCAGUUUUGGGGAAUUGUAAAUGUACCAGUAUUUUUAUUCAUAUUUGAGCCAAAUACUCCCUACAAAAGUCUGUAUCUGUGAGAAGUACACCGUUUGUCAAUACAGUUUUGCAGAAAUUUUCUUCUGGUUUUCAAUUUCACAAUAUUAUGUUAUUGCUUUAUACCUUUGUUACCCUGGAAAUUAUUAUUGACUGAUUACCCAUUUUUCUGAUCUGUAUUAAAAGAGCAGUACCACAAAUGAUAUAAAGAAAGAAAACUGUGCUGGAAGGAGUUUUAUUUCAGUGUGUUUAAAGGGAAUAGUGCAAUCUUGUUAGAAUUUUGUGAAUUAUAUAAUUAAUGACUUAAUGCUUAGUAAAUAAUUACUUUGAAUGUUUGACUCUAUCAUGUAAGUUGUUAUAGGGUGUGUGAUGUGACUGAUUUGUAUGUAAUUGUAUAAAUAUAAAUAUAUUUCAUUCAUUGUGAGCAAGAUUGAAACAAACAGAAUGGAUGUACCUCUAUUUGACACACUGCACAGAAUGACCAGUGAUAAAGUAUUUAUGAAUUCUUCUUAUGAUAACUUUCUCAUUAAAUGAUGCAUUUCAAACAUUUUAUUUCUGGAGAUAAUCAAACUCUCUUAAUAAAAAUAAUCUGUAGUUUUAUGUGCACACAGCUGGUUGCAAAGUAAACACACAAAAAACUAUGCAUUCAUGUUUGAAAUUUACAUUAAAUGACAAAAUAUGGAUUUCUGCUUUGGGAAAAUUAAUUUAUGAAAUUGCAAAUAAAGAUUCACACAUGGCUGAUGUAUUCUAAUGUUUUAAUCCUGGAAAUGUAAAAAGGGGGAAAAUAUAAGGGAGUUAUGCUACAUUUUCACACAUGUCUCAUAAUAUUAGGUGUAGAUCAAAAUACUGCAGAGACAUAUUCCUAUGGUAUUAUCUAAACUUCAAUUAUUAAUGAUAUGAUCAUGACUAUGUAGAUGUUUACCAGUAUCAUUUAUUGAUGGCCUAUGUGCAUUUAUGUUCUAAUUGCAACAUUUCUGAUUUUCCCAUUUGGAGUUUUAUUUGCUUACAAAGAAAUAUAUACAAUUGUCUCAGAUUAUUUUCCUAUUUUGCUUAUAAUAUGCAUGCUAUUAUGCUUUUGCUGAAAGGUUACCACCAAGGUAAUGAGGAUUCACUUACCCAAAUGUAAUAUCUUGUAAAAUACUCAUACGUGCGUGUUGUACUAAUAUAUAUGUUUACAUAUUAUGUUGUCUGAUGUAUGUUUUCUAUGUAGAUAUAUUUGUACAUAUAUUUUAGGAAAAGUAAUAUAAGCAUGGUUCUCUUUUAAUAUACCUGUGAUACAUGUUUGUGAACAAGUGGUUCAGACAUGGUAUAUAUGUGAAAAUCAUAUUCCUAUUAUAAUAAAUGUAUAGAUUUUAUCGUAUGCCAAGGCUUGAAUCCACAUUCAUUCUUAUGUGAUUCCAAUAACUCAGAAUGAUGAGAAUCUUCAGGGAUGUAAAUUGUUUCUCUCUUCUUAUUAAAUUCUCUGGUAUUGUAUUACAUCACAAACAACUCAAUUUAAUUCAAAAAUAAAUGUUUAUUUGUUGCUUUAUUUUCAUUUACGAUGUACUGCAAAGACAUUAUAUUAUUUGUAUCAUUAAAUUUCUACAAAAAUUAAUAUUGUGUAUCAAAAAUUAGUAUUGUGCAUCAAGAAGUAAACAUCCAUACAAUUUUGUAAUUAUUGGGCAACAUGUCCCAAAACCACUCCAGAAAUAUUUUUUUAAAAAAAUACUUCAUUUGAAUGCAAAAUAUAGUGCACUUUCAUUUAAUGUGAUAAAAGGCUUAAUUCUAUUUCCAGUGUUUACGUGAUGAUUAAAACUCCUUGUAAUUAUAUUAUGUAAUGUUUUGUGGAUAGUUACCUUCCAGCACUGAGGUAAUCAGAUCAUCAAAGCUCAUUUUCUUCUGAGGAAAUGCAGCCAAAAAGUUUCCAGGAUACAAACAUUGUAUAUAUAUAUACUAUGAGUUAGUUUGCCAGUUUUUAUUGUUAUUUGGCAAUUUUAUACAUAUUUAAAAACAAUGUUGUUUUUCUUAUUAAAAGUUAUAGUUUUAUUAUAAGAACAUUCCACUGUCUGUAGUUUCAUCAUAUAUAGUUUUUAGAACUCCUACUGAACCUACUCUUUCAUUAUGUUUUUUGCAAUGAAAAGUAAUUUUUGAUACAUGCAUUCGGAAACAAAGUUACAGUUAUUAAAACAAGAAUUUCUAGAUAUCAAUUAAAAUAAUAAAUCUAUCUUCUUGCUUAAGAAAUAUGUAUAAGAAAUCACUAGAGGUCUUAUUUAAAUUCUUUUUAAAUAUAUUUGUUCACACACAAUUCAUAUGCAAACUGAGACUGAAUAAAUAAAUGAAAAUUUAAAAUGAUUUUCA